GAGUACCAGGGCCAUUCUAUAGGAAGUCGUUUACACUAACGUCUCCCUUUUAAGAGGGAGAGUGCGUUUUAAAUAUAGGAUGAUGAUUCGCUUUAAGUCGAGAAGUAUAACGUUUGCCGUAGUCGUUGUCACAACAUUAUUACCACUCAUCGACGCCAGAGGUCGCCUUUUAGAACCAGUUCAGAGGUCAUCGCUAUGGCGGCGAGGUUUUCGAAGUCCGAUCAAUCGUGACGACGAUGGGUUGAACUGUGGAGGAUAUUGGCACCAGUGGCAGUUGAAUUCUGGGAAAUGUGGAGUAUGUGGUGAUGCUUACGACGCCGUGCCUCGUCAAAACGAGGUUGGCGGGAAAUUUGCAAAUGGAAUUAUUUCCCGGUAUUACAGCACGAAUGACGCUGUUAUGAACGUUGUUGUGGAGGUGAAAAAGAACAUGAAGGGAUACUUUGAAUUCCGUUUGUGUCCGGAUGUGACAGAUUCAGUUCCAGUGACGCAGACGUGUUUAGACAAAUAUCCCUUAGAAAUCAAAGGUCAUGGCAAAAAAUUUGAACCGACGCAGAUUGGGAUGAAUCACCUACAAGUUGUUCUUCCGAACGGGAUUGAAUGCGAGCGCUGUGUUCUACAGUGGAAAUGGCACACGGCUAUGAAUUGGGGGAAAUGCGAGGAUGGUUCGAGUAGGAUAGGAUGUGGUCCCCAAGAAGAAUAUUACAACUGUGCGGAUAUAUCCAUCUUACCUUCCGAGACGAUCCUCAGAAGAAAUAUCAAAGAAGGGAAACAGAUGUCGGGAUCGGCGUUCCAAUAUUUACAAAACGAUUCUACAGUGGAACCAAUUGUCCCUAUUUUCGAUUUCAAUGAGCGAAAUAAUCGCAUGUCAAACAAAGCAGCGAGUGGAGAGGUACAGGUGAGGAAGGAUACUAAACCUGCGUUUCCUAGUGCCUCUAUUGGAAAAGUUCCAAAGCCAAAAGGUAUUAUAUUGCCAUAUUUAGGGGAAAUAACAGCAAAUUCCGAUCAACAUAUGGAUAUAGGCACCCAGGUUGAAAACAAAGCCAAAGAAAAUAUCAAUCCCGUAAACCUUCUUAAUCGGUUUAAGUCAACUUCAGAAUUCAAAGGAAAGAUUCUGUCGCGCACCAAGCGAGCCACUUCUGUAACACCAAACCCAGCUACACAAGUACAUAGUAGUUUUUCUUUAAAGAAAACGACCAAGAGUUUUUCAGGUUCCAACGCCCAUUCUAAUCUGGGACACACAUCUGGGCGUCUUGGAUCGAUGAAAGGCCAAACUGGAGUUAUUUCUCCUCCACUUGCAAUCAAAACAGGCAAGCAAACAUCACCUAUGGUCUUCAAAUCUUCUUCAUCAUCUUCAUCCUCCACGAUAUCACGACCAUCUCCAUUAACGUCCGUAAAGUGGUCUGCGUCAUCCCUAAGCUCAAAUCCAGGAUCAUCAUCUUCAGGCUUUGACAGUUCUGUUCCAAUCCGAAGUGGUCUUGCAUCACGUGUGAUGUCUGGGGCCAUUGGACCAAAAACAGUUCAUGCCAUAUCUUUUGUUGUUAACAACACCCAUAGCGGUAUUGACAAGCAGCCUCACUCCGCUGUCUCUCUAGCAUUACGGAAGCUAAAAAAGCUUGUGAAAUAUGUAAAAGAAGGUGGAAAUGCGGAAACUAUUCAGACCGUUCAAGUCACAAAUACACCUAGCGGUGCUAUCAGAAAGGUUAUCCGGACAGAGAUUAGAAAGAAAAACAUGGGUGUAACACCAUCUUUCAUUGCUGGUGCAAACCAAGGCUCCCUUAAGAUUUCUGCAAAAGAUUUCUUAAACGGUAAACCAACAUCGAAUAGAAUGUCUUCUUUCAGUGGAUCUGUGGGUGUUCCUGUGCAUACAGUUGGGGGAUCUACAGAAGUCAAUGUAAACCAACGAUUCCAGGCAAAUAGUAAAACACCAUCUGUGUCUAUGAAGAUAACAAACACAGCAACAAAACAUGUGACUUCAAAUGGGCAUCAAAAACCGGAAGUGGAAGUACAAUCGAUUAAAGAGACAAAAUCAUCAAUAGUAACAAACAAUGUCAUACGACAAUCUGAUAGUAUAAAAGUUCAAAACAAUAAUUCAAAUCAGCAGAUGUCACUGGCAUCACCGAGAGAAACCAAUAUUGACUCACAAAACAGCGUGAAAUCCACGUUUGAAAAGAAGAUGGAACAAUCAAAACCAAUUACUACGGAGACGAAAUCAAAAGUAAUUUCUUCACCUCAAUCAAUAAGCUCAUCACUUAGCUCGAUUUCUUCCCCUCAAUCAAUGCUGUCCAAUGCAGUAAUUACCUCAAGAAACACCAGAAUCGAUACAGAGCAACAGGCUACAAAAAGUCGGCUGUCAUAUCCUCAAACAGUAGUAGUCCCAAGCACUGAUAACAAUUACGUUCGUCCAUCAUCAAUGUCAGGCCCCUCCCUUAUCAUUGCCGGGGGAUCGCUGUCUAGCCGUCCUGCUGACCUCGGAUACAAUAAAAUGUCCCAGGUGACGGAGACAGAAGCCAAGCAAUCUUUUCUGAAGACACAGCAAAUGAUUUCGGCCCAACGAAAUGAAGAUUUAUAUCAAUCAUCGGUCAAUGCUGAAACAAAUAUUGGAAAACAAUUAGACCCUGUUGUAAUUUCUGACACUGUAUCAAAAUCGGAUCGAACAGUAUCAAAACCCGAUACACCAAGAGAUAGGCCGAUGACAAACGUUAACAAAUUUAUUCACACUGUAAGUGAGGAGAAAGGCAGAAUAAAUACACCGACAAGACAAUUUGAGAAAAUCGAAAUCCGAUCGAAUAAUAACUUUUCACCGAGUAGGGAUGCAAAGAAUUCCUUUUCUGCCAGACAUGACAUUGCAGCAGUGGAUAAAAGAAAGAGCAAUACGAGAGAAAUUCUGAAUGCAAAUCAAGUUUUUCGAAAUGUGAAGUCUGAAGCGAUAGAAAAAAUUCUACGGGAAAAACAAGAACCCAAUCCCAGCAGAAAAAUUGCCCAUAAAAUGGCGUCUGACUCGAAACAAGUGCGACCAGACACGACCCGUACGAAAUCUGUGGAAGUCAACACGACAUCGGUUAGGAAGGUAUCCUCAAAGCCAUCAACAUCAUCUUCCUCAUUUUCUUCUUCAGUGUCCUCAUUUUCAGUUUCGUCAAGUUCUCAAGCAAGUAAUACAUCAUCAGUCUCAAGCAUGAUCCCUGGUACCAAAAAAUGGCAAGCCAUUCCAAAUCAAGGAAAUUUAAAAAUCGAAACCACGAAAGUAAUUCGCCAAAUUCAAAGCCAAGCUGAUAAUAAAAAUAUUGAUACUAACACACCACUUGAAACAAGCACUAUGGAUAAUUUGGAUGUCAUUACGAUCCGUCCCAAUGACGUAACAACAGUUCCAACUGUAUUAGAAAUUAGUUCUAAGGUUAUUCAAGAUCCAGGCGCUGAAAUGGUCAGAAGUGCCUCUGGUAUUGUUGACACAACACUACCACCACAGAUACCACCAAGUACUAAUCCACCAGAUAGUGGUUCUUAUACAAAAACUUCGCAAACACAAACAAAUGAUCAGAUAAUUUCAAGUCCUAUACUUAUAAAGGGAAGCAUCAAUAUCGGUGGUACUGGUGGAGCACAGUGGGGGAUUUCUAAUGGUUUAGACGGUUUACAUCAAAAUCAAAAUUUAGUUGUAGACGGUCUCAACCAAGGACUUGGACUUGAGUAUGGCAUAAAUGACCCAUCUUAUCAAAUUAAUUUUAAUUUGCCCUCUACCUCGCAGAAAAACGUAGGUGGAAAUACCUGGAUAGAGACAUCUGGAUUAAACACUCAGCAAAUGGAUUCAUUGUUAAUGGACCAAACCUCAUCUUUAGCCUCUCAGUCUUCCUACUCUAGUAUGUCAAGCAAUGUCGGCGAACAAUUUUUGACAGCAGAUUCAGGGGUAAACAUCCCCCUUCCUCCAGGCGAUAACAUCCCCCUUCCCCCAGGGGAGACUGGUAUGAUGAUUGAUGGUAUGCAGGAGAUGCAAAAUGCCGAUUUAUUUGUUCCCUAUGACACAAAUAUGAUGACUGGGGUCGAUCAGUUUGGUACCGGAUCAUCGACAGCUGAUAUAAGUUUUACACAAGGCGCCUCACUUGACGGUAUUCCUCAAGGUGCUCAGAUUUCGUCAAAUUUUGGUGGACAAGCAUUAUCGUCUGGUUUCGAUGCAGGAAUCAUUCCGAGUGGAAUGGACCACACUCUGCUAAGAAUGACAGAUACGUCUGCCCUAGACGUUGGUCCAGUCCUUUCUGCGGGUGGUCAAGUCGCACACGACAGUGCAUUUGGACUUGGUUUUGUCACUUCAUUACCGGAAACAACACCACCACCUACCACCACCACCACCACCACAACAACAACAACAGCAGCAACAACUACGACAACUAGAGCCACAACAACAACCUCUACAACACAAACUCCAACUACAAGUACAGAACAAUCAACAACUACACAGGCACAACCUAUAACAACAACUAGAAUCCCAACAACAACAACAGAAACUACAACAAAAAGGCCAACAACAACAACUCAAAUUCCAACCACUCAAGUCCCAACAACCACAACAGAAGCUACUACAACUCUAGCCCCAACUACACAAGCAAUUACAAGAGAAACUAUACAGGCAUUGCAACCUCUUGUUCAAACUGUAGAUUUUUCCGUAUCAAAGACAUCUUCAGUGUCUGAAGCUAAAUCGUCGUCGAUCGGAUCCAAUACAAAAGUUGAAACAAGCCCAUCAGACUCGUCAUACACAAUAUUUUCUGUGGAAGAAGCACCUAAAAAAUUAACUCCACCUCCUGCUCCGGUCAUCAAGCAAGUCAUUGUUUCAACAAAUGAACAGAUUGAUAUGGCAGAGAGACCUAUACCAGAGUUAAAAGCAGUUUCAGCUCAGCAUAUAUCCUCUAGUCAAACCAUUGAAGGGAAAUCUGCACAGAAAACUGAUUCCAAUGCGGAGGUCAAGGUUACGAAAGAUUCGCAAAGUAGCACACUCAAAGUAACGAAAACAGCAGACACUUCAAAUGCAGAGCUCAUCUCUAAAGGUAGUGUUUUUGGUAAGACGGAUGUUGAAACAACAGGCACUUCAGAUGCACAAAUCAAAGGUAUAAGUGAAACUAGUGUCAAAACAUCAUAUGAAACUAGCGGGAGAAUCAGCACUGCAGAUGAGUCAUUAGGAAAUGCAAUCAUAAAUAAGUCAAACUUUAAAUCGGUUGAUGUUGAACGAAAAAUUACAGGGAAGAACACUGGUUUGAACUUAAAAACAAAGCAGGACAAUGUUGUUUCUAAACAAAGCAAAAGCCUUAGUGAAACCGUAACAGAUACCAAAACUGAGAAAUCCAAAAGUACCGGUCAGGAUCCCAACGCUAUAUUAGCGAACAUGUUUAAAGCUCUUACAGACAUUAUGCUUAAAGUUCAAAUGAGAGGCAAACAAACAUUCCCCUAUUCAACAGAUCAGAGCCAAAAAAUCCUGAUGACUAACGCUAUGGCAGGGGCCCCAACUGCCAUUACACUGGAGAAAGCAAAUACACAGACAUCUGCAAGUUCCUCCUCCACUUCAGUUAAUGUGGAAUCAAAAUCAGUUUCAGCCAGUGAAGUUGUUCAGGGAGAUGUUAGGAAGGAUAAGAUUGCAACUGUUCCCUCAGAAUCGCAAGUAAUGGACACCAGUGCAAAGCAGUCUGCAAGUAUUUCAUCGGAAUCUUCCUUAAAAUCAAUAACAGUGACUCAAUCUCCUUCUGCUACUCAGCUUCCACCACAAACAGAGGCGCCUGCAGUAGAAGCAUCACCAAUAAACACCGGUGAUACAAAAAUAUCAAAUCUUGAAGCAUCGUCUUUCAGCAUGACAGAAAAUUCUGCUAUGGAUAUGACUGGUGUAGGAAAUAUUGAUGGACAAGCAGUGGGCACGAGCAUGAUUGAUUCCACUGGGAUUGGGAAUAUGGCGCCUGAAUGGGGUAAUACUGCCAUGACAGGAAAUGUUGAUCUCAUGAUGGACACUGCUAACUUAGGUACAGCUUCGAACAACGUUUGGGACACUACAUAUGUUUUUGACAAUACAGCUACAGGUGUAAUGGAUGUAGGGACUGGGCCAUCUGGUUCUUCCUGGGAUACCAUGUUUGUUGACUCUGUAUUGCCAACGGACGCCACAAUGACUGGAAGUUCAGCUGGGGGUUGGGAUGCAUCCUUCAAUACAGAAAAUACGGGAACCUCCACAGGUUCUUCCUUUUCUUCCUCCAAAACGGUUUCAUCUUCAUCUAAGUCAAUUAGUUCGUCUUCCUCUCGCAGAGGGGAUACAGCUUCCAAAGGACGAGUUCAAAUGCGUGGAUCCUCAGUAAAACAAGCUACAGGUCAAGAGUCCGCACGACCGAUUAUUCAACCACUGACUACACGCCCAACACCAGCACCGAUCAGAAGAGUUGCAUUAAUUAAAACGACACCAGCUCCUCCACCUACACCCCCAAUGAGGCGAAUCACCACAACGCCCCAACCUACAACUCCAUGGGACGCUUCUUUUGUAAACCUCCGAUCAUUGUCUGGAUUCCAGAUAUCCGGAGGCGGAUCAGGCGCAUCUUCACAAAACACUGGCGCCUCAAUGAGUGAUUCCACUUCGCAAAGAAGUGGUCAAUCAUUUAACAAUUUUGAUAAUGUUGCCAAUUCAAAUACUGUUGAUGUUUCCAACUCAUUCAACAGCAUUGAUAACUCUAAAUCCUUCAAACGAGGCGGUGUAGAUACAUUCAAUUCCUUUGAUUCAACUAAUGCACUCCAGUCGGGAAGGAGAGGAUCCUUCUCAGCCAGUUCAUCUAGCAUGAUGCAGUCUGGUAGUUCGUCAAAUGUGGGACCAGUGGUUCCUACCGAAUCUAGCCAGGCUGCUUGGGGGCUAGGAGUGGAGGCUUCCUCAAACAGAAUGAACACCAUGAACACUCAAACAGCAUUCAACGCUCAGAUGACCGGGAACAACAACAAAUGGAACAACUUCCUUGAGGUAGGAUCCUCAAGAUUUGAUAUACCUGUUAAUGUCCCUCCUCCUACCACUACAACAAUGGCUCCUACUACCACGACGCCAUUACCGACAGAGCCUCCUGUGAUUAUUGACGUGAAUGAUCUGACUCCAGAGUCUGUGGACCCGAUAUCCAGGAACGUUAUGUUAAGCAUGAUUCGCUCAAUGGGACAAAACAAACAAACGAUUCUCACACUUCUUUACACUACCGGUGCCGACUUCCUAAGAUCCAUGAAUAUCAAUCCUGCCCAUCUAAAGGGAUCCGUAAGUACCGCUGUACUGAACAUUCUACCGGAACUCAGACGCUUCCUACGACUUCCAAGACGACGAAGCUUUCCCGGGGACCCAUACAUCGUGGGUAAAGGAUACAGGAGUCAAAUUAGAAGACAACAGACACAGCAACGUCAGCAGCAAUAUUCGUCCUAUGAUAUGAACAAUACAAUGAGUGGAUCCAAUCAAAAUUAUCAACCGCCACCACCACCUACGACACCCGAUCCCGUUCAGCGAGCGGUAGAAUCUGCCAUGAGCAAACAGCUAAUUACGAUGUUAGGUUUGGCACCGGAACCACCGGAUCCGCCAGCAGGAGGUCGUAGAGGACAGGGAGGAAGAGGUCGUGGUGCAGGAGGCGGAUGGGGUGCACCGGAUCCAUGGAAUACGGCAGGUGGAGGAGCAGAUCCAUGGGGAGCAGGUGGUGGAGGUGCAGGUGGUGGAGGAGCAGGGCCAGAUCCUUGGGGAGCUCCUGCAGGUGCUGCUGCUGGUGCUGCUGAUCCUUGGACACAGCCUGGUCCUGACCCGUGGGGAGCUCCUGCAGGAGGAGGUGGAAGGAUGUCACGUCAAUGGCAAGAUGUGCUUGGUCUGACUCCUGAGCCUGGAGAUGUUCCUCCCGGUCAGCAAGGUGGUGGAGGUGGAGGUGGAGGAGGAUGGGGUGGAGGAGGAGGCGGCGGAUGGGGUGGUGGAAGAGGAGGUAGAAGGCGAGGAGGAGGAGGAGGAGGAGGAUUUGGAGCGUUGGGUAGAUUAGCCGGUAUGAUGAUGGAUCCUGCGGAAGCUGCUGAACUGGGUCUCGGUCCCGGUCCACGAGGAGGUGGCGGAGGCAGAGGAGGAGGAGGAGGCGGAAGACGAGGUCCCAUGAGUAGAGGGCGUGUCAUGCAAGAGAUUGCUGAAGCCUUUGGGUUUUAA